CACAACAAAAUGGCCGCCGCACCGCUGAGCGCCUGAAGGGAGCGACCAGCGCCUCUGCGCCCGGCGUCGGCCCGCGAGCUCGCUCGGCCCGGCUCCUCCGUGGUUUUGAUGGAUACCUGGCUUUAUUCUUGCAAUGAAGAAAGGUCCUCAGCAAAAAAUUUCCAAAGCAAAGACGCCACCAUCAUCUCACUCUCCUAGUCCAUCAUCUGUUACAUCCAAUAUGAGAUCUAGGUCACUUUCACCUUUAAGUGGAUCCGAGACUCUACCUUUUCAUUCUGGAAGACAGUGGUAUGAGCAAGUUGAGAUUAUAGGUGAAAACCCUAUGCUUUUGGACUACCAAGACCAUCAAGAAGCUGAUUCACAUGAAGGAGUUCGAUAUAUUACCGAGGCCCUGGUUAAAAAACUUACUAAACAGGACAAUUUGGCCUUGGUAAAAUCUCUGAACCUUUCACUUUCUAAAGAUGGUGGCAAGAAAUUUAGGUAUAUCGAAAAUUUGGAAAAAUGUGUUAAACUUGAAAUACUGAAUCUCAGCCAUAAUCUAAUAGGGAAGAUUGAGAAGGUAGACAAGCUGUUGAAAUUACGUGAGCUCAACUUAUCAUAUAACAAAAUCUGCAAAAUUGAAGGUAUAGAAAAUAUGCAUAAUCUGCAAAAGCUAAACCUUGCGGGAAAUGAAAUUGAACAUAUUCCAGUAUGGUUAGGGAAGAAGUUAAAAUGUUUGCGAGUCCUCAAUCUGAAAGGCAACAAGAUAUCAUCGCUCCAAGAUGUAAGCAAAUUGAAACCCCUUCAAGAUUUGACUUCUGUGAUCCUAGCUGAAAAUCCAGUUGUGACCCUUCCUCAUUACCUCCAGUUCACCAUUUUUCACCUCCGUUCACUGGAAAGUUUGGAAGGUCAGCCAGUAACCACUCAGGACAGACAGGAAGCUUUUGAGAGAUUCAGUUUAGCAGAAGAGGUAGAAAGACUGGAAAGAGACCUGGAGAAGAAGGUGAUGGAAACUGAAGAGCUUAAAAGCAAACAAACAAGGUUCCUCGAGGAAAUUAAAAAUCAAGAUAAGUUGAACAAAUCAUUAAAAGAGGAGGCCAUGUUACAAAAACAGAGCUGUGAGGAGCUAGAGAGUAACCUAAACACGAAAAAUGAACUGCCCUUGUUUUGGUUUCUUGCAGACCCUUUUCUGCUGAUUCUUUAUUCUUCCUUAAAGCUAAGGCAGAAGACCAUGGAACUAACUCGAGCAUGUCAGAAACAGUAUGAACUGGAACAGGAAUUGGCUUUUUAUAAAAUUGAUGCUAAAUUUGAGCCACUGAAUUAUUAUCCAUCAGAGUAUGUUGACAUUGAUAAAGCCCCAGACGAAAGCCCUUACAUUGGCAAAUCCAGAUACAAGAGAAAUAUGUUUGCCACAGAGAGUUAUAUUACCGAUAAUGCCCAGCUAGUAGAGAUCAAGAGGAUGGAUCCAGAUGAAGGGGAACAACUUAGAAAUGAACAUGUGAACUUGAGAGCCCAUACGCCACUGGACACACGACUGGAAGACAAAGAAAACAAAAUAAGUGCAGCACAAGCUCGACUAUCAGAACUGCAUGAUGAAAUAGAAAAGGCAGAACAACAAAUUUUAAGAGCUACUGAAGAAUUUAAACAACUGGAAGAAGCUGUACAACUUAAAAAAAUUUCAGAAGCGGAGAAAGACUUUCUUUACAGGCAGUUGAGUGGUAGGAUACAACUUCUAAAUAAAUUACGCCAAGAAGCUCUGGAUCUAGAAAUGCAGAUGGAAAAGCAAAGAGGAGAAAUUGCUGAAAAGCAGAAGGAGAUCAAGGACCUGCAAAUAGGUAUUGAUAGUCUGGAUUCCAAAGACCCAAAACAUUGCCAUAUGAAGGCUCAGAAGAGGGGUAAAGAACAACAGCUUGACAUUAUGAACAAGCAGUACAAACAACUUGAAAGUCGUUUGGAUGAGAUACUUUCUAGAAUUGCUAAAGAAACUGAAGAGAUUAAGGACCUUGAACAACAGCUUACUGAAGGCCAGAUAGCAGCAAAUGAAGCCCUGAAGAAGGACUUAGAAGGUGUCAUCAGUGGGUUGCAAGAAUACCUGGGGACUGUCAAAGGCCAGGCUACUCAGGCCCAGAAUGAGUGCAGAAGGCUACAGGAUGAGAAAGAGACAUUGCUGCAGAGAUUGACUGAGGUCAAGCAGGAAAGGGACCAACUGGAAAUAGUUGCCUUAGAUGCAGAAAAUAUGAGGAAGGAGCUUGCAGAGCUAGAAAGCGCCCUUCAGGAGCAGCAUGAGGUGAAUGCAUCCCUGCAGCAGACCCAAGGAGAUCUCAGUGCCUACGAGGCUGAGCUAGAGGCUCAGUUAAAAAUAAAGGAUGCCGAAGCCAACCAGCUCAAAGAAGAGUUGGAAAAACUAACAAGGCUCAGCCAGUUAGAACAAUCAGCUGUUCAAACAGAACUUGAGAAAGAAAAGCAAGCCCUCAAGAACGCACUCGGAAAAGCCCAGCUCUCAGAAGAAAAGGAACAAGAAAAUAGUGAGCUCCGCACCCAACUUAAACAGCUGCAGGAUGACAAUAACCUGUUAAAACAGCAACUUAAAGAUUUCCAGAAUCACCUUAACCAUGUAGUUGAUGGUUUGAUUCGUCCAGAAGAAGUGGCAGCUCGUGUAGAUGAGCUAAGGAGAAAACUGAAAUCAGGAGCUGGGGAGAUGAGAAUCCAUAGUCCUUCAGAUGUCUUAGGGAAAAGUCUCGCUGAUUUGCAGAAACAGUUCAGUGAAAUCCUUACACGUUCCCAGUGGGAAAAAGAGGAAGCUCAAGUGAGAGAGAGAAAACUCCAAGAAGAAGUGGCCCUGCAUCAGGAGAAGCUGGCCAGCGGACAAGAAGAGUUCAGGCAGACCUGUGAGAGAGCCCUUGAAGCAAGAAUUAAUUUUGACAAGAGGCAACACAAAGCAAGAAUUCAGCAAUUAGAGAAUGAAAUUCACUAUUUACAAGAAAAUCUAAAAAGUAUGGAGGAAAUCCAAGGCCUUACAGAUCUCCAACUUCAGGAAGCUGAUGAAGAGAAGGAGAGAAUUCUGGCCCAACUCCAAGAGUUAGAGAAGAAGAAGAAACUUGAAGAUGCCAAAUCUCAGGCACAGUUUCUUGGUUUAGAUAAAGAACUGAAGAAACUAAAGAAAGCCGUGGCCGCCUCUGAUAAGCUGGCCACAGCUGAGCUCACCACUGCCAAAGACCAGCUCAAGUCCCUUCAUGGAACCGUUAUGAAAAUUAACCAGGAGCGCGCAGAGGAGCUGCAGGAAACAGAGAGGUUCAGCAGAAAGGCAGCUCAAGCCGCCAGGGAUCUGACCCGAGCAGAAGCGGAGAUUGAACUCCUGCAGAAUCUCCUCAGGGAUAAAGAGGAGCAGUUUCGAAUUGAGAUGGAGAAAGUUGAGGUAGGCACCAGAGGAGCAAACUCACAGGUGCUAGAAAUCGAAAAACUGAAUGAGACCAUGGAGAGACAAAGGAAAGAGAUCGCAAGACUGCGGAAUUUACUAGACCUCACUGGGGCUGAUAACAGAGGAGGCUUUGAAAAUGUUUUGGAAGAAAUUGCUGAACUCCGACGUGAAGUUUCUUAUCAGAAUGAUUACAUCAGCAGCAUGGCAGAUCCUUUCAAAAGACGAGGCUAUUGGUACUUUAUGCCACCACCAUCAUCAUCAAAAGUUUCCAGCCACAGUUCCCAGGCCACCAAGGACUCUGGUGUCGGCCUAAAGUAUGCAGCCUCAACUCCUGUUAGAAAACCAUGGCAGGAUGGGAAGGAACACAGUGCACCUCCACCUGCUUCAGGAUACUGGGUUUAUUCUCCCAUCAGGAGUGGGUUACAUAAAUCAUGUUCAAAUAGAGAUGCAGACAGUGGAGGAGAUAGCCAGGAAGAGAGUGAGCUGGAUGACCAAGAGGACCGCCCAUUUGUGCCUCCUCCUGGAUACAUGAUGUAUACCGUGUUUCCCGAUGGUUCUCCUGUACCCCAGGGCAUGGCCCUGUAUGCACCACCUCCUCCCUUGCCCAACAACAGCCAACCUCUCACCCCUGGCACUGUUGUUUAUGGCCCGCCUCCCGCUGGGGCCCCCAUCGUAUAUGGGCCUCCACCCCCCAACUUCUCCAUCCCCGUCAUCCCAGUGGGCGUGCUGCACUGCAAUGUCCCGGAGCACCAUAACUUAGAGAAUGAAGUUUCUAGAUUGGAAGAUAUAAUACAGCAUUUAAAAUCAAAGAAACAGGAACAGUGGAUGAGAGUAUCCAAGCGGCAGUGUGAGAAAGAAAUAGAAGAACUGCAUCAUAAUAUUGAUGAUCUUUUGCAAGAGAAGAGAGACUUAGAGCACGAAGUAGAAGAAUUGCAUAGAACCAUUCAGAAACAUCAACAGCGAAAAGACUUCAUUGAUGGAAAUGUUGAGAGUCUUAUGAAUGAACUAGAAAUAGAAAAAUCACUCAGGCACCAUGAAGAUAUUGUAGAUGAAAUUGAGUGCAUCGAGAAGACCCUCCUGAAACGUCGAGCAGAGCUCAGGGAGGCUGACCGACUGCUGGCGGAAGCUGAGAGUGAACUUUCACACACAACCGAGAAAGUAUGUGCUGCUGUGCUUGGGACAAAAGAUGCUGUUGAAAAGUUCACUGAUGCCAAAAGAAAUUUAUUGCAAACUGAGAAAGAUGCUGAGGAGUUAGAAAGGAGAGCUCAGGAAACUGCUGUUAACCUUGUCAAAGCCAAUCAGCAGCUCAGAUUGCUCCAGGCUGACACAAAGGAUUUGGAGCAGCACAAAAUUCAGCAAGAAGAAAUCUUGAAAGAGAUAAACAAAGUUGUUGCAGCAAAAGACUCAGACUUCCAGUGUCUAAACAAGAAGAAGGAAAAACUGACUGAAGAGCUGCAGAAGCUGCAAAAAGACAUCGAGACCGCAGAACGCACUGAGGAUCAUCACCUGCAGGUGCUUAAAGAGUCGGAGACCCUCCUGCAGGCCCGCAGAGCAGAGCUGGAAAAGCUGAGAAGCCAGGUAACAGGUCAGCAGCAGGAGAUGGCUGUCUUGGACAGACAGUUGGGGCAUAAAAAGGAGGAGCUGCAUCUACUCCAGGGAAGCAUGGUCCAGGCCAGAGCUGACCUCCAGGAAGCGCUGAGACUGGGAGAAACUGAAGUAGCUGAGAAGUGCAGUCACAUCAGGGAACUAAAAUCUCUUCUGGAAGAACUGAGUUUUCAGAAGGGAGAACUGAAUGUCCAGAUUAGUGAGAAAAAAGAUCAACUUUCACUUAUAAAGCAGGAAAUUGAAAAAGAGGAAGAAAAUCUCCAGGUAGUUUUAGGGCAAAUGUCUAAACAUAAAACUGAACUAAAGAAUAUUCUGGACAUGUUGCAACUUGAAAACAAUGAGCUGCAAGGUUUGAAGCUACAACAUGACCAAAAGGUGUCUGAGUUAGAGAAGGCUCAGGUUGAAGUGCUAGAGGAGAAACUGGAGUUGGACAGUUUGCAGCAGACAGCCCUGCGACAGAAAGGGGAAAUGGAGUGGCAGAAGCAGCUCUUGGAGAGGGACAAACGAGAAGUUGAGCGAAUAACUGCUGAGACCCGAGCACUGCAGUUGUGUGUUGAGUCUUUGUGCAAACAAAAGGAAGAUCUCGAAGAGAAAUGUGAUGGCUGGGAGAAGAAGUUGGCACAAACCAAACGGGUUUUAGCAGCUACAGAGGAGAAUAGCAGAACAAAGCAAUCAGACUUAGAAAAGUUGGAAGUGGAUGUCAGAAAACUGCAGCAGGAGCUAGACCAACUAAACAGAAACAAACUCUCACUGCAUAAAGACAUCGCAGCCAUGCAGCAGCAGCUCCAGGAAAAACGGGAAGCAGUAAACUCAUUACAGGAGGAACUAGCUGAUGUCCAAGACCACUUGAACCUAGCAAAACAGGACCUGCUCCACACCACCAAGCGUCAGGAUGUACUGCUCAGUGAGCAGACCAGGCUCCAGGAGGACAUCAGAGAACAAGUAAAGAAGUUGGAAGUCUGCCGAAAAGAAGAGGAAACAAAACAACAACAACUGCAGGUGUUUCAGAAUGAAGUUGAAGAAAACAAGGCCAAACUAGCCCAACAGGAAAUGAUGUUUCAGAGACUCCAGAAAGAGAGAGAAAGUGAAGAAGAAAAAUUAGAAGCCAGUAGAGUGACACUGAAGGAGCAGCGGCACCAGCUGGAAAAGGAGAUAGCAGACCAGCAAAGCAGACUGGAGCAGGUGCUGACCAAGGUGUUGGUGGCUGAAGAGCGCAUCAGGACUCUGCAGGAAGAGGAAAGGUGGGGUGAGACCCUGGAGAAGACGCUCUCCCAAACCCAACGACAGCUUUCAGAACGGGAACAGCAGUUACUGGAGAAGUCAGGCGAGCUUCUGGCUCUGCAGAAGGAGACGGACUCUGUGAGGGCGGACUUCAGCCUCUUGCGGAACCAGUUCCUGACAGAGAGAAAGCAAGCCGAGAAGCAGGUCGCCGGCCUCAAGGAAGCACUUAAGAUCCAGCGGAGUCAGCUGGAGAAGAACCUUCUCGAGCAAAAGCAGGAGAACAGCUGCAUGCAGAAGGAAAUGGCAACCAUCGAGCAGGUGGCCCAGGACAACCACGAGCGGGCCAGGCGCCUGAUGAAGGAGCUCAGCCAGAUGCAGCAGGAGUACGCAGAGCUCAAGAAACAGAUGGAAAACCAAAAAGAUUUGGAAAGAAGACAAAUGGAAAUCAGUGAAGCAAUGAGGACACUUAAGUCUGAAGUGAAAGAUGAAAUCCGAACCAGCCUGAAGAAUCUUAACCAGUUUCUUCCAGAACAACCAGCAGAUCUGGAAGCUGUUUUGGAAAGGAACAAAAACCUAGAAGGAGGGCUGGAAAGCUUGAAAGAGAACUUUCCAUUCCCCGUGAGUGACAGACCAUCACCUUUUGAAGAAAAACUGAAUUUUUCUCAUGUUCACAUAAUGGAUGAACACUGGCGUGGAGAAGCACUCCGAGAGAAACUGCGUCACCGUGAAGAUCGACUAAAGGCCCAGCUUCGACACUGUAUGUCCAAGCAGGCAGAAGUGUUAAGCAAAGGGAAGCGGCAGACAGAGGGCACUUUACACAGCUUGAGGAGACAAGUGGAUGCCUUAGGGGAAUUGGUCACCAGCACAUCUGUAGAUUCCACGUCAUCACCCAGUGUGUCUCAGCUGGAGUCUUCCCUUGCAGAGGACUCCCAUCUUGGACCAAGCCAGAGCUCCUUCCAAGUUCUACAAGGUCCGUCACAAUCACUAGACGGUUACCGACACUGAUGCCAUUCCCAGCCUCCUGCUCACAGGGAAAAGAGUGGCUCAGCCAGAUGGAGGAAAACUGUCUUGCAGAAAUAUGAGGAAAUACCUUUUCCACUACCUCACCAACUUCAUAAUUAGAAUGCCACUUGCUUUUUACCAUGAACCAGUGAAUUCAAAUGCUGAAACUCCACUUGGACAAUUACCGUCAGGGUUUUUGUAAGUCACCUGUACAUAUGGGAACAACUGUAUACAAUUUAAACCAGGGUCCUAGAUGGCUAAGGGUUUUUUCACUUUGAAAUGCAUUAUUAUAAAACCAAUACUGAUUUGAAUCUAUAAACUGGUAAAAUCCAUAGUUAGGAAGGUUAAAAAAAAUGUACUUAAGCCCCUCUUCAUUAACAGUGCCAAGUUAUUUUUGGAUUUUGUUUAAAAUCUGUAUUCAUAUAAAAAUAAAAGAUAAAGUAAAUUUGGGUCUGACAGAUUCUGACUU